UCGUUAGCAAAUCCUGUUGGCUUUACUUUCAAAACAUGUUCAAAAUCCAGCUGCCUUCUCACGAACUCUGCUGCUACCACCAAGCCACCAUCAUAUCUCACCUGGAUUCUUGCAAAGACCUCCUCACUGAUCUCUCUGUCUGUGUCGUCUUGACCCUAUGGAUUCUCUUCUCCACACAGCAGCCAGUGAUUCUUCUCAAAUUGCCCAACCCAAGUUCAAAGGCUGAUGAGAGAGAAAAACUCAUGAAGAGGUUUUACUCUAGGGAAAGUUGUUCAGUGAAUGGGAUCUUGGUGCAUAGGGAAAGAUGUUAGGCUCUUCCUGGCUCCUUCUCAGCCUUGCUGCUCUAACCGCUGCUCAAUCCACCACUGAGGAUCUGGCCGAGACAUUUUUGGAGAAGUUUAACUAUGAAGCUGAAGACCUGUAUUAUCAAAGUUCUCUUGCUUCUUGGAAUUAUAACACCAAUAUUACCGACGAGAAUAUCGAAAAGAUGAAUGAUGCUGGAGCCAAAUGGUCUGCCUUUUAUGAAGAACAGUCCAAGCAUGCCAAAACAUACCCACUAGAAGAAAUUCAUAAUUCUACAGUCAAGCGUCAAUUGCAGGCCCUUCAGCACAGUGGGUCAUCAGUGCUCUCAGCAGACAAGAGCCAACGAUUGAACACAAUCCUAAAUGCAAUGAGCACUAUCUACAGUACUGGAAAAGCUUGUAACCCAAAUAAUCCACAGGAGUGCUUAUUACUGGAACCAGGUUUGGAUGACAUAAUGGAAAACAGCAAUGACUACAAUGAGAGGCUCUGGGCCUGGGAAGGCUGGAGGUCUGAGGUCGGCAAGCAGCUGAGGCCAUUAUAUGAAGAGUAUGUGGCCCUGAAAAAUGAGAUGGCAAGAGCCAACAAUUAUGAGGACUAUGGGGAUUAUUGGAGAGGAGAUUAUGAAGAGGAGUGGACAGAUGGCUAUAACUAUAGCCGCAACCAGUUGAUUGAAGAUGUGGAACAUACCUUCACACAGAUUAAACCAUUGUAUGAACAUCUUCAUGCUUAUGUGAGGGCAAAGUUGAUGGACACCUACCCUUCCCGUAUCAGCCCAACUGGAUGCCUCCCAGCCCAUUUGCUUGGCGAUAUGUGGGGUAGAUUUUGGACAAACCUGUACCCUCUGACAAUCCCCUUUGGACAGAAACCAAACAUAGAUGUUACUCAUGCAAUGGUGAACCAGAACUGGGAUGCAAGGAGGAUAUUCGAAGAGGCUGAGAAAUUCUUUGUGUCUGUUGGCCUUCCUAAUAUGACUCAAGAAUUCUGGGAAAACUCCAUGUUAACGGAGCCAGGCGACGGCCAGAAAGUGGUCUGCCACCCCACAGCUUGGGACCUAGGGAAGGGUGACUUCAGGAUCAAGAUGUGCACAAAGGUGACGAUGGAUGACUUCCUGACAGCCCAUCAUGAGAUGGGACACAUCCAGUAUGACAUGGCGUAUGCCGAGCAACCCUUCCUGCUAAGAAAUGGAGCUAAUGAAGGGUUCCAUGAAGCUAUUGGGGAAAUCAUGUCACUUUCUGCAGCUACACCCAACCAUUUGAAGAACAUUGGUCUUCUGCCACCUGGUUUUUCUGAAGACAAUGAAACAGAGAUAAACUUCCUACUCAAACAAGCACUUACAAUUGUUGGAACUCUACCAUUUACUUACAUGUUAGAAAAGUGGAGAUGGAUGGUCUUUCAGGGUAAAAUUCCCAAAGAGCAGUGGAUGAAAAAAUGGUGGGAGAUGAAGCGAGACUUAGUUGGGGUGGUGGAACCCUUGCCCCAUGAUGAAACAUACUGUGACCCUGCAUCUCUGUUCCAUGUUGCUAAUGAUUACUCAUUCAUCAGAUAUUACACAAGGACCAUUUAUCAAUUCCAAUUUCAGGAAGCCCUUUGUCAAAUAGCUAAACAUGAAGGACCCCUACACAAAUGUGAUAUCUCCAAUUCCAGUGAAGCCGGGAAGACACUGCUCCAAAUGCUGAGGCUUGGAAGAUCAAAACCCUGGACCUUAGCAUUGGAACGUGUUGUAGGAGCAAAGAAUAUGGAUGUAAGACCACUGCUCAACUACUUUGAGCCCUUGUUUACCUGGCUGAAAGAGCAAAACAGGAAUUCUUUUGUGGGUUGGAACACUGACUGGAGUCCAUAUGCUGACCAAAGCAUUAAAGUGAGGAUAAGCCUAAAAUCAGCUCUUGGAAAAGAAGCAUACGAAUGGAAUGACAAUGAAAUGUACUUGUUCCGGUCAUCUAUUGCCUAUGCCAUGAGGAAGUAUUUUUCAGAAGCCAAAACCCAGACGAUUCCUUUUGUGGAGGAUAACGUGUGGGUGAGCAAUUUGAAACCUAGAAUCUCCUUUAACUUCUUCGUCACUUCACCUGGAAAUGUGUCUGACGUCAUUCCUAGAGCUGACGUUGAAGAUGCCAUCAAGUAA